ACACACCACUCGCUCGGUGGUCAAUCGACGAGCCUGACGAUGAAGUUCGCUGUGGUCUCUGCUCUGCUACUGCUAGCAGUGUUUGUGGGAGCUCGCGAUAUCCCACCAAGAGUUCACCAGGAUGUUCUGCUUGAGGAGGACAUUCCGGAGGAUGUGCCACUGAUUGGAGGUUACGCUACCGGCUGUUCGAUCCGCUUGAACGGUGAUCUUCCGGCCCUUCAACCACUGAUUCUGAUUCCCGGAUCGUCGAACUUCCGGUACCCGUUGACCAGCAGCGGUAUCCUGACGCUGUACCCCGGUGAAACCGUGGAGCUUGCUUGUUCCGCUGGCUUUGAGUUGUAUCCCGAGAAGAACUCCAUCAUUGCGGCUUGUGUGAUCGAUACGCAGUUCAACUAUGACAGCAAGAUGUACGUGUUCGAACAGUUCAGCUGUACGGCAAACUGGCGCAGUGUGGCCCGCCGUACCGAGCGUCGAUGCUAUAACGAUGCGACUAUCGUUGAGGUUGGGUUCGAGCUCGGUGACCGGUUCCCGAAGGUGAUGGACGUGUGCCACGAUGAGGUGACGUACCACAACCACUACAUAGUGCACGAGUUUACACCGGCGAACGCUGGCUUCCAGACGGGUGUCGCUCGUCCAGGGUGGAUUCAAGGUAACUUUUACCCCGGCGUCAACGUGAACACGCUCUACACGGUCAACAUGCAGCGGGAAACGAUCGCUACGAUCCUAAGCUCACAGGCUCGUGCGGAUGAACUUGUCCAAACGACGGCCAACGGUAUCUAUAUGGCCCGUGGACACAUCGCAGCCCGGGCAGACUUUGUGUACGCUCCACAGCAGAACGCUACGUUCUGGUUCCUGAAUGCGGCGCCCCAGUGGCAGAACUUUAACGCCGGUAACUGGGAGCGUAUCGAGAAUUCGGCCAAGUCGUUCGUUGCCUCGCGAAACAUCAACGUCCGUGUGUACGGUGGAACGUACGGGGUACAGACGCUGGCCGAUGCGAAUGGAGAUCAUCAUGAAAUUUUCCUCGACUUUGAUCCCAACGGCCGGGCACGGUUGCAGGCCCCCAAGGUGUACUACAAGAUUCUGCACAACGAGGCCCAGAACUCGGGCAUCGUGCUGAUCGGUGUCAACAAUGUGCACAUUUCGCUGGAGGAGAUCCGCCGGGAUUAUAUCUUCUGUACGGACGUAAGCUCGCGGAUCGGUUGGAUCAACUGGGAUCGCGAGAACCUGGCUCGGGGCUACUCGUACGCUUGUGAGGUGAACGAGUUCAACCGAGUGACUGGCCAUCUGCCAAAUCUGAACGUAGCAAGUCUAUUGAUUUAAAACGGAAUUGCUGACGUCGGUAAAUCGUUUUACGCCCUUCCUUCUUUGAUUUACUACAGUUUAAUCGUUUGAUAUGGGCCGGGGUAGAUGAGUGCCGCUGCUACUAAUCAUUUCAAAUUGGAACAGGUGACCAUGUGCCCGAUAAGCGAAAACACAUGUACUACACGCGAUUUGUGGCAUCGUUUUGCGUGGGGAUUCUUGGCAUUUAUUAGCAAGACAACAAUGAAUGGUACCGUCUGUGGCCGAUGGUAGGUUGUUGUUUGAAGCACUCGAACAAUUACUAUUUCAAGUGCGAAGCAAUAUGGGGAAUGGGUUUUAAGUGUCAAGUGAAAUGACUAAGUGUAGCUUAUGUAAGAGAUGGUAGAGCUUUGAGGUACUUGAAACAGCUGAUUGAAUCGGUGGUUUCCAUCAUAAGGUUGCUGGACAACCUUUGAAAUACUUAAUUAAACAUAUCAUCUGCGUACUUAUGGUUUGUUUCUUUUAAAAAUAGUUUGAUAUUCGUUGAAUCAGUUA